AUGGACGUUGUUUGCCGGCUUGUUGACGAGGGUUCGGGCGAUGGCCCCAGCCCGUCGGCCGGCCGAGCUCGUAACGUAUUGACCUCUUUGGGCGUCGGACGGACAUUGUGCAAACGUCGCGACGCGGGUGGAAUCCACCGCGGCGCGACGCCCUCCACCGGAGUCUCGCAGGGCGGCAGACGGGCUGACGACGACGAUCGAUCGAGUGCUGCCCUUAUCAUCGCAAUCUUCAACGACGAUGACUCACUCCCAGCACCACCAUUAAUUUAUCACCAUCGUAACGGUCAAUGUUGCAACGACGAGGGCGUUCGUCGCCGCCCGUCGCCGAUUUCGUCUCUUACUCUCUUCGGUUUACUGUCGUCUAAUUUCGUUGCGAUUUUCGCUUUCAAUUUGGAUAUCCACGCUCCGAUAUACAAAUACGGACAUGAUGGCACAUAUUUCGGCUACACUGUCGCCGAACAUUUCAAGGGCGACGUGCCUGUAGUGCUCGUUGGAGCUCCUCGUGCGGAAUCAGGCCAAGUUGGGACGAUUCAAGCUGGCGCUUUGAUUCGCCUGUGUGAACAAGUUCGUUCUGAAUACGAGGACCAAUCAUCAUAUCUGAAGUCACCGGAUCUAACACUAACAGGACGUGAGGUUCACUAUCUUGGGAAAAAUGGAGAACUUCUCGGCGCUUCCCUAGCUUCUCAGGGCACCAGGAGAGGAGGAGCUGUUGUCUGCGCUCCACUAAUGCGAUUUCACAACACAAGUGCGUACACGCAAGGCGCAUGUUACGAGUUGAAUUCUGAUCUCACUCUGGGUGGAACUUACACCACUUGCCUUCAGAAGAAUCUUCCUAAGCUGAUCGACACAAUGAAUACGGGCUUGUAUGGAAGGAUUCUCGGCUGCUAUUUCUGGGAACGUUAUGGGUCGAACGCCCGACCUGAUUGCGCCCAGUGUAAGUGGACAGGUGGAAUCGAAAAGUAUACCAUGGCACCUGAAGAAGGAGGAGUAAGAACGAUGCUUGCUGCCCAUGAUUACCUUGGUUAUUCGGUCGACGUUGGCCGAUUUGGAUUUUGGUGGGUGUCAUUUGGAGGGCAACUAAUCAGUUCUCGUCGACGAUUUCCUCAGUAUCGUCAAACCACAAAGAUUCUUAAUCUACCUUUAGGAGAAAAGGCCACAAUUGUUUCUGGCGCUACGCGAUUCGGUCAACAUGGAGCUGUGGUGUUCCUUCCUUUCACUAAGGAUCGUGGUGAGCUGCUGACAUUCACGGAAGAUAAAUUCGUACUGAAUGGAACUAAAAUGGGAUCAGCGUUUGGCUACGCGAUUGAGGUUGUUGAUCUCAACAACGACGGUUUUGACGAUCUUAUUGUUGGUGCUCCUUUCGAACAUCGCGCUGACACUGAUGGACACUUUGGUGGAAUAGUUUAUGUAUAUUUUUCACAAGGAGUAGAGCGUAGAAAGGGUGAAUCGUCGAAAGUUUUCCAUCCUCCCAUCACGCUCAAAGCUCCUGGAUUUUUCUCUCAAUUCGGUCUCUCAAUAACAAAGCUGGGGAACCUGGACGGUGACAAGCGUGGCUACAAUGAUUUCGCUGUCGGUGCACCGUUCGCCAAUGAAGGGAAAGGAGCUGUUUACGUGUACUUGGGAGAAAAAUCCAAAAAAGAGUUCAGAAGGACGCCUGCUCAGGUUAUCACGAGUUCCGAUCUGCCAAAUCUCCGUCGUCCAGUUAAAUCGUUCGGAUUUUCUUUGUCUGGUGGCUCUGACCUCGACGGCAACGGCUAUCCCGAUCUUGUUGUCGGAGCGGUAACUGGAGGAGUUGUUACUAUACUACGGUCAAGACCUGUGAUCAGCAUUAUGGCCACACAUAAAACAGCUAGUCCAUUCAUUGAUAUUGAGAAGGGUAGAAAUUGUCCACGCGGUGCUAAAACAUGUUUCCCACUCGAUCUCGAGAUUUUUGUUGAUCACGAUCCUUCCAAAGGAGCGGAUCUAGUCGACUUCAAUUCGAACGUAUUCACUUGCAACUUAGAGGUGAUUCCCGUGAAACAAGGUGUUCCACUAAGAGGAUUUAUAGCAAGUUCUGCUUCAACAAAUCAUAGCUGGCCAUGUGGUCGUGAUGCUCAUCGUAGACGACAGAAGUAUAUCGAGACUAUUUACAUACCCGAAAAUGAUAACGCUGCGAAGGACUGGAUAAACCCCCUCAAGUUCCGCUUUACUGUGAGAAUAAUGAAUGAACGAAAACCAUUCCAUCCGGCUGAAGGCCGUCCCAUCGUUGAUCUCAAGCAGUACCCGAUUCUUAAUAAAUAUGGUGCCAGUUACGAGUUCCAGCAUUCGUUUGACCUUCGCUUCAAGCUGAUGCGCGGAAGAACCGAAGGGAUCGGUCGACCGCUUCAGUUUUCUGCUAUUGUUAAUUCCACGUCGAAAGAAACAAAUCCAGGAGAUAACGAGUGGAAAUCAGACCUCCAGAUAAUUAAAAGGGCAGAAAUGGAACUCGUAGGAACUAGCGAUCCUCCGCUCGUUCGAUUUGGUGGCGAAAUUAAAGACGAAUCUUCAAUGGACUUAGAAGAAGACAUUGGUGUUAUGGUCCGUCAUAACUACACUUUGCACAAUAAAGGACCAUGGACUGUUCGCAAUGUUUACGCCAAGUUUGAAUGGCCUUACCAAGUCGAAUCGCCUCGUCAGAAAGGAAAAUGGGCUCUUUACCUUCUUGAUGUGCCUACUGUAACAAUAUACAACACUGAUGGUACCGUAGACAUCCGAAGGUGUUCUGUUGAACGCAAACUUGACCAUGUGAAUCCACUGGACCAUAUCAAACUCAAUACUAAGUACACUACACAGGAAACAACACAUGCUCCACCUAUAACGCGACGUGUUAAGCGAACACAGACACUUGCGGAAGCUGGUUUUUUGCGUUCACGAAUAGAGCCUCAUAAACGCAAGGAAAAUGGUGUCGAUGUUUCCGUUGUCACUAUCGGAUGCGCAGAGAAGACAGCUAAAUGCUUUACGGUUACGUGCCAUUUCGACUUCCUCGACGCGAACUCGGCACCCGUCAUCGAUUUCCGGGCUCGAUUAUGGAACACAACUUUCAUUGAGGACUAUUCCGACGUGGAAUAUGUAGAAAUUGCCUCAUAUGGCAGAAUUGAGCUGGACACAAACCAAGGAAUUGAAGAUGAUCCCAGUAAUAAUGCAAUUAGCGUUAAAACGCUCGCAUACCCUGACAGACCUGCUCUUGGAUCUCGUCCUGUUCCAUGGUGGAUAAUCCUAGUCAGCGCUUUAAUAGGCCUUCUUAUUCUUCUUGUUGUGGUGUUAAUAUUGUGGCGGUGUGGUUUUUUCAAAAGGAAAAAGUACGAGCCCAGCCUCUAUCGUGCCGAAUUACAGCACGAACGAGAACAAUGGAGCCAAUCACAAAUGUAG